AUGGCGUCUGCUCCGACAUUAGCCCCAUUUUCCAAGGAGACGACAAAUUAUGCUAGACUAUGUCGACUUUUAUUAGACGGGGGUACCAAGGCCUUAAGGCACACUUUUGACAGCUUCUAUCCUCCAGCAACUCUAUAUGGAGUUUUGAACAGCCCUCAAGUAUCUUCAACGCUGCAGUUACUUAACAAAAAGAAAAUUAUCCAUGCCACACAAUGGAACAAGCUGUAUCCCUCUCCUCCUUCGUCCGUAAAGUCAGAAGACUUUGACAUCACGCUUCUAAUGGUGCUCCUCAGGAACAUCUGUCCCCUCAAUCCGCCUGCUACGGGAUGGGACAGUCUUUCACCCAGUUCAGACACCAGUGUUGAGGCUAACAUAGCCAGAGUGAAGUACUAUAGAAAUAAAGUCUAUGGGCAUGCCAUCCAGGCGUCUGUGGACGAUCCAACAUUUAAUACCUUGUGGAAGGAUAUAAAUGGCGCACUGGUUGCCCUGGGAGUAGAUGCAGCUAGUAUCAAUAGGCUGAAGACUGAAAGCAUAGAUCCAGACGUGGAGGCGCAUUGCCGUGAGCUGCUAAAAGACUGGAAGAAAGACGAAGAAAACAUCAAGGAAAAACUUGAGACACUUGAAGGUAUGAAACAAUGUAAUAACUAGGUGCUUUUUAACGGGCGUAUUUGUGUUCGAGCAUAACCCAUUGAGUCCGCUAUCCCUUGAGGGUCUUCACUCGCUCUUGUUAGGUUAACGGUGAUGUUGCAACAUGUGGACUCUUUUCUCAGGCUAGGUUAUUCUCAGGAAUUAUAAUCACUAGGACUGGAAGGCCGCUUAAUGUUUGUCGUGUUUGACUUUAAGAUUGAAGUUUUAACAGUUUUGAAAAUGAUACCAUAUAAUUACCAGAGAGAGAAACAAGAGAACAAAAUGGACUGGUUACGGUAUUAGAACCUGCACUGAAAUUCGUCAGAUUUUUAUUUUAAAAUAUGGCUUCGGGCGAAAAGUUACCGAAACUUUCAAGAAACGGAUCCCUGCUUAUAUCUGCUUUUCCAUUUUACGUGGUAUCUUUAUGGGUCGUAACUUAAUUCAUGUAUAUCUUUUGUUUUACUAAAGUUAGUCCCUUUAAUACCGUGAUAGAACAUACUAUAAUAUUGGUGUAUAUUUACGUUGUAGUAUAUCUCCUUUCUGUCAUCAGUUAAUAUGAAAGACAACCUAGAACAAAUUAGAAAAGUAAUCGAACAGAUCAAGGACAAGUUGGAUAGCAAAGACAGAGCAAAAAAACCGACUGAAGGUCAGUUUCAGAUCUGGAAACUUCUUCAUGACAGUUUAGAUGCACAACGGGUCUUAUGACUCAGUACUGGGUGUGAUUUGUUAGUCAUGUUUUUGUUAGGCCUUACCGGUAAGGAGUGGGUCGGUACGUUUCAGUAGAAUAAAUGCGGUAGCAGAAAUACGCCGUGCUUCAGGAGUUUUGAUUCCUAAUACGCUGUUGAUGAUACAGUCAAAUCUGUAUAUAACGUCCCUGCAUUAAACGGCCGGUAUUAAGUUACCUGUAUUAGGCUGCCACCUCUAUUUAGCGGCCACGGCCACCCAGUAGCAGUCGCAUUUUGUCUUUCUUUGUUAUUUUUUCCCCCAUUAAGAGGCCACUCUUGAACGGAAAUAUGUUAUUUUAUCCGCAAUACUGCACAUUAAAAUCAAAAUUACCGAAAUAACGCUUAAAAAAAGCUAAAUACCGCAAUACCGUACCCCCCAUGUCCCGCUCUGCAAGUCAUAGAAAUACAGUACUGUAUACCGUAGAAUAGUAGAGGACAAUUUAUUGCACAAUACUUUUACACAAUGUUACGUAUACCGUUUAGUUACAAGUUGAUACUAAACUUUGUUUAAGGCCAGUUGAUCGCUUGAAGUUUCCUUGCAUGAAGUGUUUUUGUAUGAUACACCACUAACAUUGACGUUAAACCACACCCAAUGAGUAUUUUUAGUGAUCCUGUAUUAAGCGGCCAGUUCCUGAAGUCCCGAGGGUGGCCGUUAUAAACAGGUUCGACUGUAUUGGAAUUAGACAAUUUUCUCUUGAAUUGCAGCAACGUUAUAUCGCCGUACCUUUUUUGUAUAAAACUUUCAUAAUAUUCUGGACCCUCUUCUUUUAUUUGUUUCUUGGUCUCUCUAAUCAAAGGACCGCAGGCAAUAAUAUAGUAUUUUAUUGAGUAUAAAAGGAUGAGUUUGUUUUCCUUUAUUCUAUAUUUUAGUUGUUCUUACAGAAGAGCAUAUUGAAAACAUUCGCCAAAAGUACGAACGUCAUGAGGGAUGGCUCGCGCCCUUUCCUUGGUGCGAAGACUUUCAGUUUCAUCUUAACGAUAUCUAUACACGUCUCCUUAUGGUUAGCAGAGGAAAAAACGCAAGAGAGACAGCCACACGAAAAGUUGUUGAAAUGACCAAAAUCUUCCAACCGCACGAAGAAUGCAAACAGCCCAAGAAAGUGUUGAUUGAAGGAAAGCCUGGUAUGGGAAAGACGACGUACUGCAAUAAGAUUGCUUACGAUUGGGCCACAAAGAAACACGUUGGAGAGGAUUGCUUCCCGCAAUUUGAGUUGGUUCUGUUGCUUAAAUGUCGUGAUGUUGGCGUCGAGUCCAACGUAUGGGAAGCCAUUGAUGACCAACUUUUGCCCCGUGAAGUUCAAAGAGAAGAAAGAGAGAAAUUUUUUGAGUUCAUUCGUCGAAAUCAAUCUAAAGUUCUUCUGGUACUUGAUGGAUUGGAUGAGCUACCCCCAAGUAAGACGCCCGAGUUUACCGACAUCAUACAAGGUAGAAUGCUUCCCAGAUGCCACUUGGUGGUUACAGCGCGACACGAAGCUGGGAUACCAGUAAGAAAAGUUUGUGAUACACUGCUAGAGAUUGAAGGAUUCACUUUAGAAGAUGCUUUUGAAUUCAUAAUGAAAUUCUUUAAGGGCAAGGAAGAACUAGUCCAAGGACUCCUUGACAAGCUAAGAAACGACAGCAGCCUACAGGAGAUGAUAGCUAACCCUUUAAAUACUGCACUUCUUUGCCUUCUUUGUGAAGAUUUUCAAGGUAUUCUACCUGAAAGCAGAACUCAGUUGUAUUUGGAAAUAGUACAGUGUGUUCUCAUAAGAUAUAGGAAAAAGAAAGCUCUACCAGUAGACAGUGAGGAUAUGUUUGAACUCUACAAAGAUCAAUUAAGCCAUCUUGGCUCGAUAGCCUUGAACUGUCUACGUGAAGACAACAUGUACUUUGGUGCCAAACAGCUCGCGAAUCAACAUACUGACUUACCUAGAUUUGGAGUUCUGUCAGUUCAACCGGGAAGCAGCAGACGAAGACCGUCUUUGUGCUACGGCUUUACCCAUAAAAGUUUCCAAGAAUUCUUCGCCGGACAUUAUCUUUGUUGCCAGCUUGUUAGCAAACAAAUCAGUCCUGAAAUGUUAGUAACUGACACUAAAUAUUUCCGCGAGCUACGACAGGUUUUGCAAUUUACCUGUGGUCUAUUGGCAGUGAGUUCGGAAGAAAGUCUAGUUUCUCUUAUCAACGACGUAGCAAAUGAAGUCAGCAAAAAAGAUACGGAAGAAAGUCUACUUGUCGCACUGGAAUGCAUUAAAGAAUGUAAACAGGAAGACAGUAAUUUCCUCACCGAUAUCGCUCAAUCCUUCGGCUCAAGUCUUAAAGUUCACAAAGUUGAUCUCAGUGAUAAGCGGAUGGAUGAAGCUGCUGCAGUUGUUCUUGGUUUGGCUCUAGAAACAAACAGAACUCUGACAGAGUUAAAUAUGUCUGGCAUUAACCUCGGUCCUGCCGGAGCUGAGUCUCUUGCUGCCGCGCUUAAGAGAAACACAACUCUGACAAAGUUGAAUUUGUCUGGCAACAACCUUUGCCAUGCUGGGGCUGAUUCACUCUUUGCAUCGCUUAAAAUAAACACAACUUUGGCAGAGUUUAAUUUGUCUGGCAACAACCUUGGCUCAACUGGUGUUAAGUCAAUUGCUGUAGCGCUUGAAACAAACAAAAAUCUGACAGAAUUGAAUUUGUCUACCAACCAACUUGGCCCUACCGGUGCUGAGUCUCUUGCUGUGGCGCUCAAAAGAAACACAACUCUAUCGGUUUUACAUUUGUCUGGCAAUAACCUUGGGCCUGCCGGUGCUGAGUCACUUGCUGUAGCGCUAAAAGCAAACUCAACUGUUACAAAAUUGAAUUUGUCUUACAAUAACAUUGGCCCUGUUGGUGCUAAGUCACUCGCUGCUGCGCUUGAAACAAACGCAACUUUGACUUAUCUGAGUUUGUUAAACAAUGCCCUUGGUUCUGCUGGUGCUGAGUCACUUGCUACAGCGCUUAAAACAAACGUAACUCUGACAGAUUUGGAUUUGUAUUACAACAAACUUGGGCCUGGUGGUGCUAAGUCCCUUGCUGCAGCGCUUGAAAUAAACAAAACUCUGGCAAAGUUGGAUUUGUCUCGCAAUUACCUUGGCCCUGCUGAUGCUGAGUCACUGGCUGCCACACUUAAAACAAACACAACUCUCACAGACCUGAAUUUGUUAAACAAUGACAUUGGUCCUUCUGGUGCUGAGUCACUUGCUACAGCGCUUAAAACAAACACAACUCUAAAAAAGUUGAAUUUGCGUGGAAAUGAUCUUGGUCCUGGGGAUGCUGAACCACUUGCCGCAGCGCUUAAAACAAACACAAGUCUGACAAACUUGGAUUUGUCGCGUAAUUAUCUCGGUCCCGCUGAUGCUGAGACACUCGCUGCGGCGCUUAAAACGAACAUAACUCUGACAGAUUUGAAUUUGUUUAACAAUGACAUUGGUCUUCCUGGUGCUGAGUCAUUUGCCACAGUGCUUAAAACAAACACAACUCUGACAGCGUUGAAUUUGUCUGGUAAUAACAUCAGUGAAUCGGUGCGCUCGAACCUUAAAGCAGCACAUGGCGACCGUAUUCUAUUCACGUACUUUUAG